AUGAUGUUCCAGAAAAGCGUUUGCGCGCCGAUAUAUGAUACCAAUGCACCCCACAGUGAGAAAUCUUCCGACCAGCUGGAAAGAGUGCCGAGGGUAAUAAUCGUAGAUCUCACGAGAUUUCCUGUUGUGUGGCUCGAGAAUGGGUCAGGGAAAAGGGAAAAGCUGGGGUUAGAACAGAGAUGGUUGGUGUCGAUUAAAACCUGGGACCAUCUGCCUGUUACAUACUGCACAUGCGGCUGUCAGUUCCACAAGCAAAGGAGGCGGACGGCUAGACUGCGAGGAAUCCAACUCUAUUUGCAAAGGCUGAAGGGCAAAUGCGCUUUGAACCUCGUAUUAUGA